AUGUUCCAACAUUUCACCACUUGUUUUCCCUUCCUUAACAACACCAAAUCUCUCUUCAACAAACCAAAAACCCAAUCCAACAACAAACUAUGUUCCACCUCCGACAUAUCAAUCUCUUCAUUCAUCCACAACGAACUCUCCGGCCAAUUCCGACAAGUUUUCAAACUCAUCGACACGAACAACGACGGAAAGAUUUCACCAACAGAACUCAGUGAAGUGCUUUCACGUCUAGGAUACAACACCUACACAGCUGCCAAAGAAGCCGAGAGCAUGAUAAGAGUUUUGGAUUUCAAUGGAGAUGGAUUCGUAGAUAUUGAUGAGUUCAUGUUUGUAAUGAAAGAAGAGAAUUAUGGCAAAGGAAAAGAGUGUGAUCUUGAUGAGUACUUAAUGGAUGCUUUUCUUGUGUUUGAUAAUGAUAAGAAUGGAUUGAUCUCACCUAAGGAAUUGAGGAGAGUUUUGGUUAAUCUUGGAUGUGAGAAUUGUAGUUUAAGAGAUUGUAAACUUAUGAUUAAAGGGGUUGAUAAAAAUGGAGAUGGCUUUGUUGAUUUUGAAGAGUUUAAAUCUAUGAUGAAAAUAGGACUUCAAAUUUAG